UGAUGUACGUUUCCUGUAGGGAAGAGAGCUCCGAGGGGUGGGGGUAUGUGUGUGGAAGAAGCCAGCGAGCCCACCCUGAGCUCACUCUGGGAACGACGGUCCCGACAGCAUAGAUCCGCCUGAGCCACAGAGCUGGGGGCACCAGCUGCUCCUUCGCCACCCACCCGGGCACACCUUCAGCCUUCCACUGCAGCCGCUCACCGUCCACCAUGGCCGAGGUGACCACGGUCCCCGCUGAGACGCCGGAUCCCUUUAACGAGUUCGGGGACUACCACAACUGGACCCAGCUGCUCCAAUACCUGAACUACACCUUCACCUUCUGUGACACCCAUCUGGACGAGAACAUCAAGCGGGUGAUGCUCUUCAUCCUCUACUUGGUCAUCUUCGUGGUGGGGCUGGUGGAAAACAUUCUCGUCAUCUGGGUCAACUGGCACACCUGGGGCAACAAAAACCUGGUCAACCUCUAUAUCCUCAACAUGGCCAUCGCCGACUUAGGGGUGCUGUUAUCUCUGCCCAUCUGGAUGUUGGAGGCCAUGCUCGACUACACCUGGCUCUGGGGCAGCUUCCUGUGCCGCUUCACGCACUACUUCUACUUCGCCAACAUGUACAGCAGUAUCUUCUUCCUCAGUUGCCUCAGCGUGGACCGCUACGUCUCCUUGACAACGGCAUCCCACUUCUGGCACCAGCAUCAGCACCGGGCACGCCGCUUCCUCUGCUUCGGCAUCUGGGUCUUCGCCGCCCUCCUCCCCUUCCUGGAGGUGGCCCACACACAGCUGUUGGACUCGGUGGAGCCCAUGUGCAUCUUCCUGGCCCCCUUCGAGACCUAUGAUGAGUGGGCCCUGGGCAUCAGCUUAGCCACCACCAUCAUUGGGUUCCUCAUCCCCUUCUCCAUCAUCGCUGUCUUUAACAUACUGACGGCCAGGUACAUCAAGCACUCCAAGCCGGAAAGCAGGAAACACUGCCUCCUGAUCUACGCCUACAUCGUCGUGUUCCUAGUAUGCUGGCUGCCCUACCAUGUCACACUGACCCUCCUGACCCUCGAUGGCAGCCACUUCAUUUACAGCUGCAACGUUGCCAACUUCCUCUACUUCUUCUACGACAUCAUAGACUGUUUCAGCAUGUUCCACUGCGUGGCCAACCCCAUCCUCUACAACUUCCUGAGCAAGAACUUCCGCGGCAAACUCAUCUCGGCUGUGGUGAAGUACAUCCCCAAAGACCAAAUCAACCAGAAAGGCGGGGACAAUUCCUCUUCCAGCACCCAGCACUCCAUAGUCAUUACCAAAGACAACAUCCCACCUAAUUAAACAGCCACCGGGCUCUCCACGCAUUGCUGGCAGCUGGUCCCAGGGGUGGGCGGCUUCCUAAAUCAGACCCCCAAAAGAUUUCUUCCCCCGGCAAUAAGGCAAGAGACUUUGCGUUUUGAUGGCAUUUUCUCCUUGCCACCCACGCUCUGAAAGCUGGAGGGAGGGUAGAAAUGUGAUGCCGUGGGGAGCGGCAGAUGUUUUGCCUCUGACGUGCUCCCGUAUCAAAUCUCUUUAGCUAAAGAAACAGAAAGGAAGAGAUGUCCUAUUUUUCAAAGAAAUGCUCAUUGGUUUAUUACUAUCGAUUAUUC